AUGUCGACUGGAAAGCCCUCCUCACCCAAACCAUUCUCUCGAAUCUUGAUUGCAGAGGUCGAAGGGACAGCACGAUCACUCCGUCACCGGCAGCUCCAACUCCAUCGUCUACAAACCACACUCACCAAGAAUAGAACUCUUCUGAUACAAGCUCUGAAGACUGACUUUGGCUAUACUGAGAUCGAAGCCUUAUUCGAGUACUCUCUUUCGCUAUCGGAGCUUCGUGCUCAUUAUGAUAGCAUCGAUUUCGAAAAGGAAGUUCAACUGAACAAGACGAUAGAGAAUGGGGUUGAAAGCCUUGACCGAUACGCCAGUGUGGGGAUAAUAUAUGUUGUACCAAGAAGUGGUCUUCACGCCGUGCUCUCUCCGUUAUGUGCUGCAAUAGCUGCUGGAAGUUGCGUGAUUGUUGAGAGAAAGAUCCCUCAAACCACAAAGCAAACCAGUUCUGCUUUGCGGAGUAUUCUUCCAGCGGGUUUAAGCGGCGACACCUUUGCUGUGUCCAAAGAAAGACCAGAUUCAUCAUUCCUCAGACAGUGCACGGUAGUACUGCAGACCAACGAAGUCCUCACUACUUCAACCAAAGCGGGUUCUGAUCUGCUUGAGUCCAAGAAGCUCAUCAUCUCUCCUUCAUCAGCGAAAACUCUGGUGGUUGUGGAUCGCACAGCCGAUAUCAGCCUUGCGGCUCGGUCUCUGAUAGUGGCAAAGUUUGGGUUCAGCAACACCUCAGCCUACGCUCCAGACGUGGUAUUUGUGCACGAAGCAGUGGCGAAGACGUUUUCGACGCGUCUCGUCGAGGUGGCCAGGAGCUAUUUCGAUGGCCUUGAAUCAAACACCGGAAGUAACAAGACUUCGAAAGGUCCUGGCGGCUCAAAGGCACUUGAGGGACAUAACGUGCUAUUGUCCAGCAAACAGGGAGAUAUAAUCGAAUUGAAUCAGAGCUCUUCGGCAAGCCAUACGCCGUCAUGGGCAGCAGGCUUACCUUCGACAACGCUGCUUCUCUGCAAAGUAACCAGUACUGAUGAAGCAAUUGAUCUCUCAGCCGAAUUAGGAGGCACUGGUCAUAUUCAAGGACCUGCGGCUGCCUUGAUCUUUGCCAGUCCAGCUGACGCCCAAUACAUAGCCAACAGCAUUGACGCCAGUCUCACCUGUGUCAACACCUUCCCAGCGGAGCUUCUCGUCGGUCCCAAACUGGCCCCAUCGGCAAACAGAAGUGGAGAGGCUUCAACGGCACUCUUUCCACGGUACAAGCGACAUUUGUUCGAGGACUCCCGCCCAAUAGUACAGAAGCAGACGCUUCAGGUGCUCAAUGGUGGUACCGAUUUGAUCGUGCAGGCCGAGACCAAAACUUUCCGGCAGUGGGUUGAUAGCGCGGAGGUUCCCCUCAAGCCUACAGGUCAAAGACCUGGCAAGGCAGUAGGCUUCUUUGAUGCUGCCAUCAUGUUGAGUUUGGCGACUGUUGGCGUUCCUUUACUCGUUGGACUUGGAUUCGUGGGCCGGUUUGCAUUUCGCCGAUAUGGUGGUGGGAAAUUCGGUUUCUAA